AUGUCAUCAUUCAUUGUUAGAAGAAAAUUAUCAACUUUAAUUCCACCAAAAAUUGCAUCCGCAAAAGUAUGUAACAGGAAUAACUAAGGGGAAUUGAGAUUGAAUUAAUGAGACCAUUGUUGAAAAGACAAGAUUGAACUGAGAUUAAGAUACUAAUGGAAUUAUUUAAGGACAUUGUAUAAGAAUUAUAAAAUCUGGUUGAUGUAGACAUGAACUUACUCAGGAACAAAUAGGGCUCAAUAGGAAUGGAAGAAUCUUUAAUAAUUCAGUUUUACGCAUGGCACAACAAAUUCAGGUUAAAUUAAAGAUAUAUCAGUCAAUUACUCACUCAAUUCACAUAAAACAUACUCCAUUUAUGAUAAGUAUACUAACAUUUAAUUUUUAGAACCUUGGAUCAAAUCCACAUGCUAAAAGAAUGCAAGAAGUUGUUUCAUUUUAUAAAAAAUUACCACAAGGACCAGCACCAACAGCUAAAAAAUCAUUAAAUCCAAUUACAAGAUAUUGGGAUAAAUAUUUAGGUGGUGAAAAAGGAUCAGGUAAACCAUUAUUACAUUUAGCUUUAGUUAUUAUGGCAUUUGGUUAUACGUUAGAAUAUCAACAUUUAAAACAUGCUGAACAUCAUUAG